AUGGGUUGCUGCUCCUCCAAAGAAGGUCGCGUGGCUAGCGAGCCUGCAGGGGUAGCCCCUGGCGACGACGGUGCCAUGCAUGCGGUCUCGGCCGAGUCGGGCGGGAAGAGGUGGGACGAGUCCGAGUACGAUGACGAUGACGAUGACGAUGACGAUGACGACAACGGUAGCGACGAUGGCGACGAUGGCGACGAUGGCGACGAUGGCGAUGACGAGUCGCCGCCGCCGCUGGUCCGUCGUGGACCGGAUGGCAUGUACUGGGCUGUGGAUGGGAAUGGCGCUAUGCCCGAGGUGGAGAAGGAUGAGGAGGGCGAGCUGGAGGCGUUGUGCUUGCGGCGGCUGGAGGCGCUUGCUCGCGGUGAUAGCAGCGGCGUUCGGCGGGUUGAGGAGACCAUUGCCAAGCAACACGAGAGCCAGGUUGCGGUGGUCCUUGUUCGCAUGGUCGGUCUCGCAGAAAUCAAUCGGGCGCAUGGCCCGGUUCAUGCGCUUGCGCUGGUCUUUGCCAUGCGCGAGCUGAUGGCGGCGACCGCUACAGCGCACGGCGGGCGGGUGAUCAAGGCUGAGGCUGGUCUCGUCUUUGUGGCCUUCCAGCACCCGGCGGGCGCGGUGUCGUUUGCGGUCCGCGCCAUGGCACACAUCCGCGAGCGCAACGCGCGGCUUGAGCUUGGCGAAGAUUGCAUUGCUGUGAGCUUGGGCAUCACUUGCGGCAAGUGCCUCGUUCUCCCCUCGGACAUCUACGGCGAUGCUGUCAACGUGGCCUCCAAGCUCGCUGAGGAGCUGGGCUCGGACGGCUCGCUUCUGCUGAGUGCCGACGUGACAGCCGCAGUCGUCCCACAAUUGCUACUCAAGACCCACACCCAUGCCAAGUCGACCAAGGUCUCCAAGGUCAAGAUCAAGUACCACGUGGUCGACUGGGAGGCGUCGGCCGAGCGCAUCGGUGCCAUGCGCGCGCCAAAGGCUGCAGCGCGUGGCGAGAGCAAGAGUGGCGACAACCGCCCGGUCUCGGAGAUUCGCAGCAUGUGCCGUGCGUAUCUAGCGAGUAGCGAGGCUGCGACUCGUGCCGAGAUCCGGUCCGACGUCCACGAGCUGUACGAAGAGACUGGAGUGGUGUUUGUCUCGGACAUGUCGGGCUUUACCGCAACGGUCAAGGCGCAUGGCAUUGUCCACUUUCUCUCGCUCAUCUACAAGAUGCAGGCGCUACUCCGACCGAUCUUUGGGCGGCACGGCGGCGACAUCCUGCAGACUCAAGGCGACGAUUUCAAGGCGGUCUUUUCUCGCCACACGCCGCUGUCGCCGCCUGUCUCGACAUGAUGGACACGCUGCAAGAGUACAACGCGCGUCAGACAGCCACUCAUGACAAGAUCCGGCUCGGCAUCGGCAUGGCCCACGGCCAGUUUCUCCGGCUCGCAGCCGAGGGUGAUGCUGUGGGCGCCGCCGCCGACGCCGCCGGGUAUCUUGGUGAGGAGUGCGCCCAGGUCGGCGACGUGCUCCUCGACAACUCGCUGUACGACUUGCUUGUGGCAAGCGACGUGACCAAGCUCGAGCGGCGGGGCAUCCUCAUCCGCAGUGACUCGUACGUCAAGGCUGUCAUUGCGUGAGACAUGACCUUGCUUCUGUGGCUACUCCCACUCGGCCAUGGCCGGGUCGCCGACCAGUUCGGCGAGCAUGGCGUUGUACGGACGAAAGAAAUUGGCGAG